CUGGGGAAGGCAGGGAGUGGCGGAGGCGGCCCUUCUCUCUCUGCGUCGCGGCCCUCCCAGUUCCUCCUCUCUCGCUGGGUAGCUUUGCGGAGAGGAGGAGGAGGAGGAGGGUGAGCUGUGGGAGGGUCCCCAUUGAAAUAAACAAGCAGCCAGUGAUUAAAACGGGAACAUGGCGGCCGCGGAGGACUCAGCAUUUCGAGCUUCCUCUUACAAAGCGAAGGUCAGUGUUGGCAGCAGCCUGGGCGACAAGAGCAGGAGACAUUACUGACCUCGCAGGCUUGAGAUGUAUCUGAAUAUUGAAACUUUCAAAUACACAAACUGUAGCAUUGAUUGACUGCCUCAUUGGUAGGGGGACAUGCAAGGGUGAUCGUGCUCACACAGCUCCAUUGCCAUGUGUGUUGCGCUCCACAGCUCGAAGGGUUGCUGAUAUGUGUUUAAGAUGAGUGGGAUUGGUGAAAAUUCCUCUGACCCAGCCCGGGCAGAGUCAAGGAAACGUAAGGAAUGUCCUGAUCAACUUGGACCCAGUCCUAAAAGAAGCACUGAAAAACGUAAUCGUGAGCAAGAGAAUAAAUACAUAGAAGAGCUUGCAGAGCUGAUCUUUGCUAAUUUUAAUGAUAUUGACAACUUUAACUUCAAACCUGACAAAUGUGCAAUCUUGAAAGAAACUGUGAAGCAGAUUCGUCAAAUCAAAGAACAAGAAAAAGCAGCGGCAGCCAAUGAAGAUGAAGUGCAGAAAGCUGAUGUAUCAUCUACAGGUCAGAGUGUCAUUGACAAGGAUGCCCUUGGACCAAUGAUGCUUGAGGCCCUCGAUGGGUUCUUCUUCGUUGUGAACCUGGAAGGUAAUGUGGUGUUUGUGUCAGAGAAUGUGACACAGUACUUAAGGUACAACCAAGAAGAGCUGAUGAACACAAGUGUGUACAGCAUCCUACAUGUAGGGGACCACAAUGAAUUUGUCAGAAAUCUGCUGCCAAAAUCUCUAGUGAAUGGGGGACCUUGGUCUGGUGAAGCUCCUAGGCGCAACAGCCAUACCUUUAACUGUCGGAUGUUGGUAAAACCUUUAACUGAUUCUGAAGAAGAAGGCCAUGAUAACCAGGAAGCACAUCAGAAAUAUGAAACUAUGCAGUGCUUUGCUGUUUCUCAACCAAAGUCCAUCAAAGAAGAUGGUGACGAUCUACAGUCUUGUUUGAUUUGUGUGGCAAGAAGAGUUCCAAUGAAGGAAAGGCCACUUCUGCCCUCAUCAGAGACAUUUAGCACUCGUCAAGAUCUUCAAGGCAAGAUAACUUCACUGGACACUAGUACCAUGCGAGCAGCUAUGAAACCUGGCUGGGAAGACGUGGUGAGAAGAUGCAUCCAGAGAUUCUAUGCACAGCAUGAGGGAGAUAUGUCUUUUGCUAAGAGGCAUCAUCAGGAGGUGCUGAGGCAGGGACUAGCAUUCAGUCCUGUCUAUCGAUUUUCCUUGUCUGAUGGCACGAUAGUUGCUGCCCAAACGAAGAGCAAGCUUAUCCGUUCUCAGACUACUAGUGAACCUCAGCUUGUAAUAUCCUUGCAUAUGCUUCACAGGGAACAGAAUGUUUGUGGAAUGAACCAGGAUUUAACUGGACAAGCAAUGGGAAAGCCAUUGAACCCAAUUAGCUCUAGCAGUCCUGCCCAUCAGGCCAUGUGCAGCGGAAAUCCAGGUCAGGAUAUGACUAUCAGUAGCAAUAUGAAUUUUGCCAUAAAUGGCCCGAAGGAACAAAUGGGCAUCCCAGCGAGUAGGUUUGGUGGUUCUGGCGGGAUGAACCAUGUGUCAAGUAUACAAGCAUCCACUCCUCAGGGUAGUAACUAUGCACUAAAAAUGAAUAGUCCCUCUCAAAACAGCCCUGUCAUGACACCAGGUCAGCCAAACUCUAUGCUAUCCCCAAGACAUCGUAUGAGUCCUGGAGUGGCAGGCAGUCCUCGGAUACCACCCAGUCAGUUUUCCCCUGCAGGAAGCUUGCAUUCACCUGUUGGAGUUUGCAGCAGCACAGGAAAUAGCCAUAGUUAUACCAACAGUUCCCUCAAUGCACUUCAGGCUCUCAGCGAGGGGCAUGGAGUCUCUUUAGGGUCAACCCUGGCUUCACCUGAUGUAAAAAUGGGUAAUUUGCAAAAUUCACCUGUAAGUAUGAAUCCUCCCCAGCUAAGCAAAAUGGGAAGCCUGGACUCUAAAGAUGGCUUUGGACUUCAUGGGGAGCAAUCGGAAGGUACAACUGGACAAACAGAGAAUGUCUGCCAUUCAGGAGAACAGAAAGAAAGCAAUGAUAGCAUGCCCCAGGUUGUUGGUAGUGAGAGACCUGAUGGACAGAGCAGACUUCAUGAUGGCAAAAGCCAGACAAAACUCUUACAGCUGCUGACCACCAAAUCUGAUCAGAUGGAACCUUCACCUUUGUCUAAUGCUAUGGGAGAUGCUAACAAGGACUCCAUGGGAGGUUUAUCUGGUUCUGGUUCAGCGCAUGGAACCUCGCUCAAGGAGAAGCAUAAAAUUUUGCACAAGCUCUUGCAGGACAGUAGUUCUCCUGUAGACUUGGCCAAGCUCACAGCGGAGGCCACAGGCAAGGAGCUGAGCCAGGAGACCAGUAGCACAGCUCCUGGUUCAGAGGUGACUGUUAAACAGGAACCAGUGAGUCCCAAGAAGAAAGAAAAUGCACUACUUCGCUACUUGCUAGAUAAAGAUGAUACUAAAGAUAUUGGUUUACCAGACAUUACCCCCAAACUGGAGCGGUCGGACAAUAAGGCAGACCCUUCCGGUAGCACAAAGCCGGCAGCUAUGAAGACAGAAAAAGAAGAGAUGCGCUUUGAGCCGAAUGAACAGCCUGGCAGCGAGCUAGAUAAUUUGGAAGAAAUUCUAGAUGAUCUACAGAAUAGCCAGUUGUCGCAGCUUUUCCCAGAUACACGACCAGGUGCUUCAGCAGGAUCGGUUGACAAACAAGCCAUCAUCAAUGACCUCAUGCAGAUCACAGGCGAAAAUAGUCCUGGCACACCUGUUGGAGCCCAGAAACCCCAAAUGAGGAUCUCUCAAAGCACUUUUACUAAUGCAAGGCAAGCGCAGUUGGGAAGGAUGGUACCAAACCAGAAUUUACAACUUGACAUCACAUUGCAAAACCCACCAGGUGCUGGAGGUUUCCCACCCAUAAGAAACAACAGUCCAUAUUCAGUGAUACCUCAGCCCGGAAUGAUGGGCAGUCAAGGAAUGAUGGGAAAUCAAGGAAAUCUAGGGAAUAGUAGCCCAGUAGGAAUUAUUGGUAGUAAUGCUCCUCGGCCUACCAUGCCCUCAGCAGAUUGGGGAACACAAGGUGCUGCCGUGAGGGUGACAUGUGCUGCAACAAGUGCCAUGAAUAGGCCAAUCCAAGGAGGCAUGAUCCGUAACCCAACAUCUAGCCUUCCUAUGAGGCCUAAUAGUCAACCUGGUCCAAGGCAGAUGCUUCAAUCUCAAGUCAUGAAUAUGGGGGCUUCUGAACUGGAGAUGAAUAUGGGAGGUCCCCAGUAUACUCAGCAGCAAGCUCCUCCAAAUCAGACAGCUCCAUGGCCAGACAGUAUCUUGCCCAUAGAUCAGACAUCUUUUGGUAAUCAGAACCGGCAACCAUUUGGGAGUUCUCCAGAUGACUUGCUGUGUCAGCAUCCUGCAUCAGAAUCUCCAAGUGAUGAAGGGGCUCUCCUCGACCAGCUUUAUAUGGCACUAAGAAAUUUUGACGGUCUAGAAGAAAUUGACAGAGCUCUUGGGAUACCAGAACUAGUCAGCCAGCAGAGCCAAGCUGUAGACCCAGAGCCAUUCUCAAGUCAGGAAUCAAACAUCAUCCUUGAACAGAAGGCACCCAUUUUCACACAGCAGUAUCCAUCUCAAGCUCAAAUGGCCCAAGGCAACUACACACCAAUGCAGGACCCAAACUUUCACCCAAUGGCACAGCGACCAGGUUAUGCAGCACUGCGAAUGCAGCCUAGGCCUGGUCUGCGUCCUGCUGGCAUAGUGCAAAACCAGCCAAAUCAGCUGAGGCUACAACUGCAGCAUAGACUUCAAGCACAGCAGAAUCGCCAGCCACUGAUAAGUCAGAUCAGCAAUGUUUCCAAUAUGAAUCUGUCUCUGAGACCUGGAGUACCUACACAGGUGAGGGAACAGGGACCCAUCAAUUCACAGAUGCUGGCUCAGAGGCAGAGGGAGAUACUGAGCCAGCACCUGAGGCAUAGACAGAUGCAACAGCAAGUGCAACAGCGAACACUGAUGAUGCGAGGACAGAACAUGAAUAUGACACCAAGUAUGGUGGCCUCUGGUGGCAUACCAGCAACAAUGAGCAACCCACGGAUACCCCAGGCUAAUGCCCAGCAAUUUCCAUUUCCUCCAAACUAUGGAAUAAAUCAGCAGCCUGAUCAAGGCUUCACUGGAGCUACCACUCCCCAAAGCCCACUGAUGUCCCCAAGAAUGGCUCAUACCCAGAGUCCCUUGAUACAGCAGUCUCAGGCCAAUCCUGCCUACCAGUCCUCUACAGAGAUGAAUGGAUGGGCACAAGGGAAUAUAGGUGGAAACAGCAUGUUUUCACAACAAUCUCCACCACACUUCGGACAGCAAGCAAACACCAGCAUGUACAAUAACAACAUGAACAUCAAUGUAUCCAUGGUGACCAACACAAGCGGUAUGAACAAUAUGAACCAGAUGACAGGGCAGAUCAGCAUGACCUCAGCAACCUCUGUGCCUACAUCAGGGUUGUCCUCCAUGGGUCCUGAGCAGGUUAAUGAUCCUGCUAUGAGAGGAGGCAAUCUUUUUCCAAACCAGCUACCUGGAAUGGAUAUGAUAAAGCAGGAGGGAGAUGCAUCACGGAAAUAUUGCUGACCCUGAAGAUUGCUCAUUUCUUAAACUGGCUUGGGUUCCCCAGCCCAAACCUCUUGCCAGUUUGAAGAGCUGCAUACGUUUGGUUUUGCCCCAACUGUUCUGCCAGUCAGUUCUGCUGGAGAAAGUAGAGUUUAGUGCUGCAAACAGAACAACACCACUCUGAGUUGAAUCAAAACCAUUGUUGGUGGAAGAGCAGUCUCUUCUUUGACAGUCUGAAGCUAGCGUACAGACAGUUGCUCAGUCUGUUCACUGCAUUCACCUUAGUGCAACUUAGAUCUCUCCUGCAAAGUAAAUGUUGAUAGCCAGUUUUCAUAAACCGUGUCAGAUUGAAUGUAUUUAAAUGUAUGUAUUUAAGGAAAACCAACCAUGCUCUCAUUCUGUUCUGUUUUUAGUUUUAGAUCUUGAUCUCUUUCUUUGUUUUCCUUAGCUACACAGUCUAGUGCAAAGGAUUCAGUUCCAUCUGGAAAUCAGUGGUUUAAUAUUAUUACCUCCACUUCAGGAGGUAGGGAGUUAACUGGAUGAUGACUUCCAGAGCGCUAAAUGACAAAAUGUGGACAACAGACAUCUAAUUGUUUUGGGGAAAAGAUAUCUAGUGACUCAACAUCCCAUGCUAGAAAACAAAACCAGUCAGCUUUGAAUAGGUUUACAUUUGUAAACAGGUUAAAAUAUCCUGUAAGAGGGCUGUUUAUAAAGUUUUUUGGUUACUUUGAAUUAAAUCAUGAGUCAAACACAUAAUUUAAGUUCCCGUUCAAUUGAUUUCAGCAUUCUAAAAAUCAACUGAAGCUAGCUUCCCUUUUCCCCUGCCUUCACUCGCCCUUUCUCUGUUUCUUUUCUUAUAAGAUAGAGAAAUGAUUAAACCUCCUCAUAUCCCUAGGCUUGUUACCUGAGUUCUAGGUUGCAGGUAACUAGUUGCUGAAUAAUGCCUUUAAAUAAGGGUGCAUCUUUUGGUGAUGGAAGUGGCAGGAUUGAGGCAUAAUCUUAGAGCUAAAGGCAUCUGAUUUAAAUGAUAAAACUUUGAUUUUUCCCAUCUCCACAACUGGGAAAAAUAAUUACUUAAGCUAUGGCAGAUAUCACUACGGAGUUAACCAUCAUGUGUUCUAAUUAUUUUGAAGCAGCGUGGACUAUGAGGACAUUUUGUAAGGUACAUUAAACCAGUUUCUAUGUAAACAAGCAAUAAUUUAAGUUGAAGACUUUAGUGUUUUAAUUGUAUAAUUUUGUGAGGUAUACAUGUUGUGGAGUUGAUUUCCAAAUGAGGUACUUCAGUAUUAAAUUAGAUAUCUUCAUAGCUGUGUGUGUCUCCUGGGGGAAAAAGUGUUUUGUAAAGGAUCACAAUGCCUUGAUUAGACCUAAUUUGUAGGCUUGAAACUCUUCAUUUUUUAAACCUUGCGAUUCUGCUCAUAAAGUCAUUUAUCUAACCUUAUAUUAUAUGCAGCCAUUGUAGGAGCCAAUUCUUGACUUUUUUGUAUGUUUAUAUUCUUUCUUAAUAAAUCUUAGAAAACUGUUGUUCGGCAGCCCACUGUUGCCUGCUGCGGUUUGAAUAAUAUUUUAUUAUAAGCUGGCAUCAGUUUCUGAGGACUUAAAAUAUCAGGAAACUGAUUCUUUUUGACCUCCUGUUUCUCUGUUCCCCACAAUCCACACACUUUAAUAACUGAACUCAAAUUUUGGAUGUUACUUAAAAUGCAAUGCAUUUUAUAUUAUCUUAAUCAUAAUUCAUGUCUUUGGGAGUAGAAGGUUUGUUACCUUGAAAUCUUGUUUGCUUGUGAUGAGCAUUAAAAUAUACAAAGAAUCUGACUUUGAUAGAGUGCUGAAAAAAUGUUAAGGAAUAUAUAGAAAUCAUUUCAACCCAUUUGUUUCCUGUUGAGUAAUUCUCCUAAUACACAGGGAGAAACCGUACUUCUGAGCAGUCACCACUUUGUCAGGUGAACUCAAAAAAUAGCUAUUCAGACAACUGAGCCAUCUGGUGGAAAUCUAUAAUAUAUCUCAGCCCUGAACUCCAUAAUGUUAAGAAAAUGUAUGAAUUAAUCUAAAGCUAGAGAAAUUAAAACUUUUUACUUCAGAUGAAUUAGUUUACCUUUAAAACACUUUAUUAUUUCUCAAACAUUUUUCAAUUGAAAAAGUAGUCAAAUAAGUCAUCUUUAAAUUGGACCCAGUUCAAGGUUAAAUCUUUUGCCCAUACUUUUAUUACAGCCAUUCCUUCUUAAAUUCAUCACAAAAAUAUUGGGUUCAUUGAAUUAAAAACAAUGAGUUUAGGCAUUUUCUGGUUACAUUAAUCUUGCUAGAGACAAAGGGAAAGAUGCCAAAUUUCUUUUUUAUAAUCAGUAUUUCUUAUUCAGAACACAAUAAAGUUGCUGGAGAUAGCAACUGGGUUUUAUGUUGGAACAUGAUCAGUGUUCUCUCAUAGCGAGUAUGAAGGACUUCAUAUGUCUUAAGUAAAAAGUGCACAUAUAAAUUAACUACACAUGGCAAAGCUCCAUUCAACUAAUUUAGGUAACGUUAUAACAUUAAAUAAUAAAGUGAAUCUUUUUCAACAUCUAACUAGUUAGUCAUAAGUUUUUUAAAAAUGCCCCCCAUCUGUUGGUCUUUAUUAACUGAAAUCAGUGUUUUUGCCAUUUAUACAAUGCAUUUUAAUCUGUAUUUUUAAAAAAUGGAGUUCAUAUGGGCUUAACACAUGAAAAAGGUGGUUCAGCUCUACUUGCAAAACCCAAAGAUACACAAUCAGUUUUGAAAUGCAACUUAAGCCAUUAAUUGUUGGUGUGACUUUAAAGUUUUCUAGUAUUUGUAUGGUAGUAUUGCUGCCUAAGAGCAAAAGCAUUCUCUGCACAAAAGAAAAUUACUGUAGUGGCUUUGGUUUUUAAUUAGAAUUUUCUCCCUGGUGUUUCUUUGUAGACUAAAACAAAAUCUUUUCAGUUUCUUACUACAGGUAAAGCUAUGUGCAAGAACCUCAAAAUGCUAAAAUCUAGCAUAAUGCCUUAGAUCUGUUUUUAAGUCUUGUAUAUUCCUACAUAGCUGUCUGAUGUAUUAUAUUUGUAUAGUGAAUUGUGUACAAUUUUGAAAUAAGCGUAUCAUCACUUAGCUUUCAGUCAUUGAAUAGAGAUGGACACAUUUCUUCAAACAUUGACUUACUUUUUUCCUUUUGUCAUUUGUGGGUUUUAUUUGUACAGUUCCUCAUGAAGUUGCAUCUGAGAUGUGUAUGAGUGUGUGUAUAUGAAAAGAUUAUACAAGGGUAAAACUAAGCAAUAUAUAAACUAUGGUUCUUCAGGAGAAAGCUUACAGUGUUUUCAGGUUGUGAUUUAUUUUCAAGACUGAAUUGACUCUGAACAUCACUUUGUUCACCCGCAUUGAUGUUUGUAUUUCUAGUGUGAGCAGUUUAUGCAAAGGUAGAUAUAUUCAGAGAAAUUUUAAAUACAUUUAUGCAAGUUAAUAUUGCUUUGCUGAUGCUAUUUGCUUAUUUGAUGUUAAAUAAUGCUAUUGUAAAUAAAGAAUUCUGUUAUUGCAUCAUUUAAUAAAUUUUAAUGCCUUCGGGUUUUACAUGGCUUUAGACAUAGCAACAUUUCUUCUGUUGUGCCAUUUGUUGUAUGUAAAAAGCUAUGCCAGAAGGAUCAGAGCAUCUUACCUGGUAAUGGCUAGGAUGGAGCUGAGUUGAAUUAA